AUGGCUGGAAUAGGUCUUGUAGCACCUAACCCAUUCCUAGCAACCCCAGGAGAACCUCCUGUGCCUUGGUCACGAUGGAUUUUGAGCUUCAAAACGUAUUUGACUGCAAGCGGGUUGGACACAGCGGAGAUACCCGACCUCCGCCGCCGCGCAAUCCUGAUCCACUGUUUGGGCGCAGAGGGGCAGCGGAUCUUCGGACAGCUGGAAGUGUCUACUACCGGUACGUACGAUAAAGCUGUUGAUGAACUUGAGAAAUAUUUUGGGCCAAAAACAAGUGUGAUGAUUGAACGAUAUCGUUUCCGACAGAGAGUACAAGGUCAUGGGGAGCCAGUAAAACAAUAUGUGGCAGCCAUAACCGAACUGGCAUCCAAGUGCAAGUUUGGCACCUUAAACGAUGAACUGGUUAGAGAUCAACUAAUCGAAAAGACGUCUAUUCCCCGUAUUAGAGAACGUCUGUUAAUGGAGGAUGACGGUCUGACACUUAAGAAGGCGCUCGAUCUAGCGAUCCAGAUCGAAGCCGCAAUGCUGGACGCCAAGCUCCUCAAACAACACGAUGUGACUGUGAGUGCCAGUACAGGACAUAGUCAUACUGCACAUCAGGCAACUCCAGUACAGAACAUCAAACGACCAUAUCAUAACAAAGCCCACUCUAACCAUGCUAACUCGAAGUCGUGUUCGAACUGCGGACGGACACACCCUCCGAAAGCGUGUCCAGCGUUUGGAAAACGUUGCAAUUCGUGCUCGAAGAUGCACCAUUUCUCUAGCGUAUGCAGAUCUACCAAGAAAAGUGCAUCUUCAGUUCGACACGUUGAUGAACCAAUAGAGGGCGACAUAGCAAGCAGCGUGUUCACACUCUCAGACCGGAUCUCUUCAGCACAUUCAGGUCAGUUCAAAGAAUGUGAAGUGCAGAUUGCUGGUACUAACCUCUCUUUGAUGAUUGAUGUGGGGGCCAAAGUGUCAAUUCUUAGUGAUAAACUGUAUCAUCGACAUUUCUCACAUUGUAGCCUGUCAUCGACAUCGAGCAAGCUCAUAGCAUAUGGUGAACCACCUACACUGAUUUCCGUUCUGGGCAUGGUUGAGCUUCCUGUCGGGUACAAGGAUGUACAUCUCGACAGCUUUACGUUCUACAUAGCGAAGGGCGAGAGCCUUAUGGGAGUCAAUCUGUUCGACGCCCUAGGAUUUCAGAUGAACGACCACACUGGUGAACGCAUUCGGCUCGUAGACAAUGCGUAUAGAGAACGCUAUGCUGCACUUUUCAACGAGUUUGGUAAAUGCAAAGGAUAUUGCCAUGCACCAAGGGUGGAUUCCUCAGUCCCACCUACUGCACAGAGUCUCCGUCGACUUCCGUUAGCUGUCAGGGAUGAAGUCUCAAAGGAACUUCAUAGGCUUGAAUCCGAUGGCAUCAUUGAGCGCAUCGAUUCAUCCCUGUGGGUGUCUAAUCUGGUCAUCGCACGCCGUAAGAAUGGAGAUCUUAGACUUUGUGUAGAUUUGAGGGCAGUCAACAAGGCAAUCAUUCCGGAUAAGUAUCCACUUCCUACUAUGAAUGAACUUUCAGCUUCAUUCCACGGAGCUAAAGUUUUCUCUAAACUAGACAUGAGACGUAGCUAUCUCCAGGUUCCGCUAGCAGAGCAGAGCCGCCAUCUCACUGCAUUCAACACACACAUAGGCAUGUUUCAGUAUCGCCGUAUGCCCUAUGGACUGAACUCAGCACCUAGCGCAUUCCAGAAAAUCGUUUCUUCAGUUCUAGCUGGAAUCGAGGGCACGUUGAAUCUCCUUGAUGAUGUGGUAGUCUUCGGAGAGGACAAGGCUCAGCACGAUCAACGAUUAGCAGAAGUCAUGACGCGCCUCGCCAAGCAUAACUUGACGCUCAACGAGGCCAAGUGCACGUUCGCUGCUUCGGACAUUGAUUUUCUGGGAUAUCAUGUCACUGCAGAUGGUCUGACGCCUACACUCGACAACGUUGCAGCUAUCCGAACACUCCCAGCCCCAACGAAUGUGAAGGAGCUAGCCUCAUUCUUGGGAACAACGAACUUCUACCGCAAAUUUGUGCCACAAUACGCAGAAAUCGCAGAACCUCUGCAGAAGCUUCUCCGGAAGGACGCGCUUUGGGAAUGGCACAACGCACAAGAGACCGCAUUCAACACGCUCAAAGGAAGAAUCGCAGAGCCGCCAGUUCUCGCUCACUUCACUCCAAGCGCUGAAACGUACGUGACUACAGACGCAUCAGCGUUCGCUAUCGGAGCACAACGCCUCACAACUCGCUACACAACUCGCCUCACAACUCGCUACAACCCUCAAAGCAAUGGCGGCGUAGAGCGUUUCAACCGGGUAAUCAAGGAGAGCUUGAAAGCGAAUCUCGCAGAUGGAAUGACCUUCGAUAAGGCCAUCCAGACCCUACUACGCACGUAUCGCUCAACACCUCAUUCGCUAACCGGAAAGACUCCAGCAGAGUUGAUGUUGGGACGGAACCUCCGUAUGCCAUUCAACAUCCUGAAACCACCGGUUUCAGAGCCUGCAAGCACACAGGCUGAAGCGAGAGAGAUUGAGAGGAAACAGCAAAGCAUGAAAGCGUACACUGACAAACGCAGACGAGCAAUCACACCGAAAUUCGCUAUCGGUGACUGGGUUCGUGUAAAGCGUCCAAAUCGCAAGCACAAGCUAGCUUCGGGGGUAUCGAAACCCAAACAGAUCGUGAAGAAGCUCGGCUCGAAUGCAUUUGUACUAGAUGACGGAACGCGAUGGAACACCAGACGCCUUAUCGCGAGCAAGCCAGGCAACAUGAAUGAAAGCGAUUGGGAAGACACCUUUCCAUUCCCUACAAGCACUGAAGAUCAAGAGCAACAGCGAGCAGAACCGCGAACUGUUCGUCGUUCUCAGCGUCUAAGGAGACGACCUGGAUAUCUACGAGAUUACAGAUCUUAA